AUGUGGUUAGUAGACGAAGAGAAGUACAAUGGUGGAAUUGAACGCAUGCCCGCUGUGGCAGUUUCCGCUCAGGAUAUUCGCGAAGCUACACGGUACACCAGGAACUGGGCAGCACUAGGACCUGAUUUUGUGCACAAUUUCUGGUAUAAAAAGUUCUCCACAGACCAUGGACGCAUAGCGGAUUGCUUCAACAGGGUGCUGAGAGAUCCCCAAGAGCUCCCUGAAUUCAUCACUAAAGGAGUAACUUUUCUUUUACCCAAGGACCCUAAUACAGCUGACCCAGCCAAGUACAGGCCAAUAACCUCUUUGUCAAGCUUGUACAAAGUGCUCUCGUCGGUAAUUACAAGAAAAAUACAGGACCAUUGCGACGCCAACCAGGUGAUGACUGAAGAACAGAAAGGCUGCCGGAAAAACACGCAAGGCUGCAGAGAACAAGUCAUCAUUGAUGCAGUAAUUGUUAGUCAGGCAAGCCGGAAACAGAAAAACCUUGGUAUGGCGUACAUCGACUAUAAGAAGGCAUACAACUCGGUACCCCAUCCGUACCUCAUCAAGGUACUUGAGUUGUAUAAAAUAGACGACGGCGUCAUCAGGUUUAUGCAGCACGCGAUGAGACGAUGGAAUACGUCGCUCCACGUUACCGACGGGGCAACGGUGUUGCGGUCCAGAACUCUCAACAUAAGAAGGGGGAUUUUCCAAGGCGAUACCCUUAGUCCGCUUUGGUUUUGCCUUGCGCCGAACCCCCUUAGCAGAGCACUCAACCGAUGCAGCUAUGGCUACCAAUUGAAAAGUGGGACAACGAGUACAACAGUAACCCACACUUUCUACAUGGAUGAUUUGAAGCUGUUUGCGGAAACUAAGGAGAAACUGCAACUUAUACUACUGGUAUCGACGUUCAGUAACGAUAUUUGUAUGAAGUUUGGUAUCGAUAAAUGUCGACUAGUCAACCUCCAUCGAGGUAAAGUGGUGGACGCCGACAGUUUCCGCAUCAACGAGAGAGAGGAGAUACGAUGUAUGGUUGAAGGUGAAUCGUACAAGUACCUUGGAUUCCUGCAACUGAAAGGUAUUCACCACACGGUGAUCAAGAGAGCUGCAGGCUUCAGGGUGGUCAAGUGGACCAAAACGGAUUUUCGCCUCCAAAUCGAGCGUUACGAGUGUCGCUCACCAAACACCGUUCGCACCAUCCAAAAUCAGCAACCGAAUCGCACUGUUUGUCGAGCAGAUCAUGGAUUCAGCGACCUGCAUCUGGCGCAGGAGAAAUAUCAGCUGAACUGCGACCUGAAAACCGUAGAAGAGAAGGUCGCAUCGUGGAAGCAGAAGUAUAUAUUGCACGAAAGCAUAGAAGACCGCUGUCGUAAGUGCAAUUUAGUAGGAGAGUCGAUCGAGCACGUCGUCGCAGGCUGUCAAGCGUUGAAUGAGAUAGCCUAUCUCGGUCGGCAUAAUACGGUUGCCAAGAUUGUGCACCAACAACUUGCACUGAAGCACGAUCUGGUGAACCAGUACUUGCCCUGCUACAACUAUCUGCCAGACCCGGUUUUGGAAAAUAGCUGCAUCAAACUGUACUGGAAUCGCGAAAUCAUAACGGAUGUCCUCAUACAUGCCAAUCGCCAUGAUAUUGUAGUCUACGACAAAAGAAUGAAACGGGUAACCAUCAUCGAUAUCGCUGUGCCGUUAGAUCGCAAUUUUCAGUCGACGUUCUCAACCAACAUAACGAAGUACCACAAUUUGGCUGAGGAGUUGAAGCAGAUGUGGCAACUUGAGGAAGUGCGUAUAGUUCCAGUUAUUAUCUCCGCCACUGAAAUAUUUCCCUGUACUCAACUGCGCUCUCUUGAUGAGUUGGAACUGCGAAGAGAACUACCCAACAUCCAAAAAGCGGUGAUUCUUGGGACCUGCAACACAGUUCAAAGGUUCCUGAAUCAUCAUAACUGA